AUGUGUGUAUGUUUAGUAUCAGACAGAAGACAUUAUCGCUUGUUUCAGUUCAUUCGCAGAGUCAGAAGAGCUACAGAAGUAUGACUGACAGUCCGGAUGAGAAUUAUCAGAUCUGUUUAAAGUCCUUAAAAGCGCUUUUAUGAGACGAAACUGCUGUCAAAGAGCUAAAAAUGCGAUUCAAUGAGAAGGAGCUGGUGUUCCUGAGCCGCCAGCCGUCAGAGAGAGCGGCCGAGCUGGGCAUGAGAGGCCCGAAGAAAGGAGACGUUGUGAAGAGGCGUCUGGUGAAACUGAUCGUUAAUUUCCUGUUUUACUUCCGGACGGACGAGGACGAGCCAAUCGGCGCUCUGCUGCUGGAACAGUGUCGCGUCGAGAGAGAAGACGAUCAUGCUUUCUCUAUUGUGUUCCUGGACGAGGCCGAGAGGAAGUAUCUGUUUGAAUGCGAUUCUCAGGAACAGUGUGUUGAAUGGAUCGACGCCAUCGUUAAAGCCAGUUAUGAAUUCAUGCGCAAGAACCUGAUCCACUACCGCACAGAAAUCCACCGAUUGACUGGAAAGGAUCCGCUAGAGCAGUAUGGGAUAUCGGAUGAAACGCGCUUCCAGGUCAACAGUGCUCUUCCUCUGCCUUCGCCUUCCACAUGAACACACGAGUUUCACAUGCAAUCAUCGGGUCUCUAUGGAAGCUUGUUUC